CCAAUGCAGCCUUAGCUAUUGAGGUGUCUUUAAGUGUCUGAUUGUUUUCGUUUUGCAUGUGAAGAAUCCAAGAUGAAGGUGAAAGAAUUUGGUGGAGCUGUUAGCAUAUCAAGAAUCUUCCUGGUCUCGAAAACAAGUGGCCAUCCUGCUUAUGAUGUUGCAUUUCGAAUUUGCAACUGCUCUCCAAGGCUGACGUUCUAA